CUCUUUCCGGGAGUAGGCGGGGACCGGCGCAGCACAGGCCGGCCCGGCCACAGGCGGCGCGGGGGAAGGGCGCAGCCCGGCCAUGCAGCCUGAGCGGGGCGGCAGCCGGCCCCGCAGGGAAGGCGGCCGACACGGCCGGCGGCGGCCGGGCGGCGCGGAGAGGGCGGCCGAGCCGGCGCCUGAAGGAAGCGGCGGGGACGGCCACGGCCAUGGAGGAGGCGGGGGCCGGGGAAGAGGCGGCGCUCACGGGCACCGAGGAGGCGGGGGCCGGGGCAGGCGAGAGCCUCGGGGUCGCGGGGCAGCGCCACCGCCCGCCGCCCACCACCACCGGCGGGUAGAGGAGGAUGAUGAUACUGAAUCACGAGAGGAAGAAGAGAAGGAAGAACUGAAAAGCUAUUCAAGAAGAAAGAUUUUUUCCAACUGGAGCCGCUAUGAGGAUACAGAAAAAGAGGGGCAGAGUGAAUGUGGGGAAUCACAGAGAGGAACAGACUUCAGUGUCUUGCUUAGCUCAGCAGGAGAUUCCUUUACACAGUUCCGAUUUGCUGAUGAGAAAGAAUGGGAUAGAGAAACCAUAUGCCAUAAGCAGUUAUCUGCGCUUUCUGUUGACUGCCAGUCUUUGGUCCAGGCCCUUCAGGAAUUGCCUCUGCAUCUGAGGUUGAAUGUAGCUGCUGAACUUGUGCAGGCAUCAACACCUGUAGAGCUCCCACAGAUGAAAUCUAAGGUUAUUGAAGAUGGCAAGAGGAGAGAGCCUCUGUUCCGACAGUCUCUGGCUCAAAGUGAAACGGUGCUGGUCUCCCACCCCAUUGGUGAUUCUGUUGCUCCAUCAAAGCCUGGAAGUAAAAAUGGUCCUAGGACAAGUGCAACAGAACCAUUUCAGACAGCCCAUCCACUAUCAAAGCAAGAGACUGACUAUUUGGAUGAAGAACUAGAUCUUCUCCUAAAUCUAGCUGCUCCCAUUGAUACAGAAAAGAGACCUGUGUCAGGUGCAUUAUCCCACAACUUACCAACUGAGAAAGAUUUGAAAAUGGAUUGUAAGGAAAAUGACCCUUUAAAACUAGAUACGCCUGAAGAGAAGAGUACAGCGUCACAGCAACAGCAAAGCGCAUCUAAAAACAUUACCGAGGAAGAGCUUGAAGAUUGGCUGGACAGCAUGAUUUCCUGAAGCUCAGAUCUUCUUAUGUGAAUAAUUGAAUAUAGCAAACAUUAGGUAGCAAGUUGAAUCUUCCUUUAUCUCCUUGUUAUUUCCUUUAUCUGUUUCAGUUUGUUCAGUAUGCCAAAUGCCCAGUUUUCUUUGCUGGCACCUAAAAUUCUCUGCAACCAAAAAUCAUUUAGAUGUGAUUGAAAACUGUCUAAGACUAAUAUUCCUAGAAAGGUCUAAUAUUUGUGAUGAAAUUAAGAUUUUCUUUGCUAAAGAUGCAGGCUACAGCACACAAAGAGAAGAGUUAUUUCAGCUUGUACUUGCUCUAUGUAGUCCUUAAAAUAAAGCUAUGAAUGAGCAACGAAUACAUGUGUUUUUAGUCGCCAUCCUCACGCCACAUCUCCAUAUUGUAGAAAAAUGUGAAAGAAGACAGCAAAGGUAAUGUUUGGUUUGUAAUACUUUAUUGCAGUGGGCACUUUUUGUUAGAAGGAAAAAAAAAAAAUGCAUAAUCCUAGCAGUUUCUACUUGCAGGUGACCAUAGAGCAUUGUUUUAUUUUGGCCUAAGGUUUAAAUUGUAUUCAUUUUGAUACAGUGUAUGUCUUUUAACAGCAGCAUCUAAUAAGCUGUUAUUGAAGGUGGUAUAUAAACAAACUUCAAGUGCAGUUUCAUACAGAAAGACAGAAAAGCAAUACAGUUAAUGGAUCUGUUCAUCU